AUGGCUUCGACGUUUCCUCCCCCUCCGGUCAACACCAUCGACUGGUCCAAUGUCGGCUUCAAAGUUAGAGAAGUAAACGGCCACAUUGAAUCCCAUUACUCGGUCAAGACAGGCCAAUGGUCACCCCUCCAGUUCGUCACCGACCCCUACAUCCGCCUCCACGGCAUGGCCCCGGCCCUCAACUACGGCCAGCAAGCCUACGAAGGCCUCAAAGCCUUCCGCCUCCCGGGCAACAACAAGAUCGCCAUAUUCCGCCCUGACCGCAACGCGGCCCGGCUCCAGCACUCGGCCGAGUUCAUCUCUGUCCCUCCGGUCCCUGUCGACCUCUUUAUCGCCGCAGUCAAGGCGGCUGUCGCUCUCAACGCCGAAUUUGUGCCUCCCCACGAGACAGGCGCGGCGAUGUACAUUCGGCCGCAAGUCUAUGGUUCUUCGGCCCAGUUGGGACUGACGCCGCCGGAGGAGUACAUGUUUUGCGUUUAUGUCUUGCCCACGGGGGUUUACCACGGGACUCACCCUGUCAGGGCGCUGAUUAUGGAUGAGUUUGACCGGGCUGCCCCGAAUGGGACGGGGAGCGCCAAGGUGGGGGGGAACUAUGCUCCUGUGCUGCGGUGGAGUGAUAAGGCUCGGGGGGAGGGGUAUGGCAUCACGCUGCAUUUGGACAGCAAGAGGCACGAGGAGGUGGAUGAGUUUUCUACGAGUGGGUUUAUUGGGGUUUUGAGGGAAGGGGGCAAGGUGACGCUGGUGGUGCCGGAUAGUAGGGCGGUGAUUGACAGUGUUACUAGUCUGAGUGUGCAGGAGAUUGGGAGGGAUUUUGGUUGGGGGGUGGAGAAGAGGGCGAUCAAGUAUGACGAGCUGCCCAAGUUCUCAGAGGUGCUGGCUGCGGGCACGGCAGCUGCUCUUGUGCCCAUCCGGUCGAUCACCAAACGUGACAGCAACCGGCUUGCGGGACAGGCUCGCGUGUCUAGCAGCAAUGGCGCGGAGACUGUUACGUACAUUCCCGAGGGUAUCGAGGAGCCAGGCGAGAUCUGCACCAAGCUUCUCGAGCAACUUAAGGGUAUCCAGCUCGGCAAGAUCGAGGACAAGUUUGGCUGGCGGUUCGAGGUUACGGAGCAGGAUGGCAAGAGCGUUGUCGGCGAGAGUGACUCGGGUGGCGCUGCGGAUGCUGAUUCUGUGGACCAGCUUGACUAG